AUGUCUUUUGCAGACUGUAGAUCAUACAAUGGUGUUGUUUAUAAUUCAUUUAUUGAAGCGUGUCAUGCUCGCGGUAUUGCUUCAAAUGAUAAUGAGUGGCGUGAGUGUUUGAACGAAGCAAAACAAUUUCAUUCACCUAAACAAUUGCGUCAUUUGUUUGCGGUAAUUCUUGCUUUGAAUGUGCCAGCAAAUUCAUUGCUUCUCUGGAAUGAAUUUAAAACGUUUUUGAGCGAAGAUUUUUCAAGAGAUUAUUCGGCUGAUAUUUCAUUUAAUCGUGCUUUACUUGAAAUUGAAGAAGUGUUGAUUUCACAUAAUGUAUCGUGUGAGGCUCUUGGUUUGCCUGUUCCUACUAUAUUAUCUGACGUACCGGAUGAAGAUGUGAUGGACCCGUACGAACAACAAGUUAUAUUUGAUGAUUUGUAUGAUCAGGCAAAUAUUGAGCAACGUAAUGUUAUUAACACUGUUGUUCGUGAAGUUCAGUUUCACGACACUGGGUCUAAUGUAUUUUUGCUCACAGCACAUGCAGGUUGUGGUAAAACUUUUACGCAAACUGCUAUUAUUCAUAGAUUAAAUGCUCUUAAUCUUCGUUGUCUUCCGACUGCUUUUAGUGGUAUUGCUUCUACACUUUUGGCGGGUGGUAGAACUUUGCACAAUGCAUUUAAAUUACCUAUUCCAAUUACUGAAACAUCUGUGUCCAGUGUUACACCUAAUAGCGUUUAUGGUCGGUAUUUAAAUUCAUUGGCACUGAUAAUUAUUGAUGAAAUAUCAAUGUGUCCAUUGUUAUUAUUGAAGCUUUUGGACCGUUUAUUCAAGGAUUUGUGUACCGAUGAAAACAAAAAGCAUUUAUUAUUCGGUGGAAAAACGUUUUUGUUAUGUGGAGAUUUUCGGCAAAUUUUGCCUGUGAUUCCGCAUGGGUCACGAGCCACUUUGAUCGAUAAUUGCAUAACAAGUUGGGACGAGUUUGAAAAUUUUCAUCGUUUCACUCUGAACCAAAACAUGAGAGCUUCUCCGAAUGAAAUUGAAUAUGUCAAUUUUUUGAAACGGCUUGGGAAUGGUGAAUUGAGACACUAUCGUCAAUUUGGUGAAAAUAUUGUUGAAAUCCCACUACAAUGUGUGGGGAAUAUUAAUGAUAUAAUUGAUGAAGUGUAUGGAAAUAUUGCGCAGAAUAUUUUGUCCGACCGUAUUCUCUUUUCCGUUAUUUUAGCCACAACUAAUGAUGAUUGUGUUGCAAUUAAUAACGAUGUAUUGAAUCGUAUGCCUGGUGUGUUAAAGACAUAUAACAGUUACGAUAAAGUGAUAUGCGAUAACGAGUUGGAAGUUAACAAUUAUCCUGUUGAAUUUUUAAAUUCACUUAAUGUGAGUGGUUUACCACCACAUAAGUUGAAAUUGAAAAUUGAUUGUGUCGUAUUACUUAUUCGUAAUUUGAAUACCAAAGAGGCAUUGGUAAAUGGCACACGUAUGCGAGUCAAACAACUUCAUAAUAAUGCCAUUGAUUGUGAAGUUUUAACCGGCACUUCGAAGGGAAAGCGUAUUUUGAUUCCACGUAUAAACUUGACAUAUUCUGGAACACUCUUGCCAUUUGAUUUUCAAAGAACACAAUUUCCGGUUAUACCUGCAUUCGCAAUGACGAUCAAUAAAUCGCAGGGGCAAACGUUCGAUAGGGUUGGUGUUUUAUUACGUCGCCCAGUCUUUACUCAUGGACAACUUUAUGUUGCCGCAAGUCGCGUGAAGUCAUUUGAUUGUUUGAAAUUUUAUAUCGAGGCUGGAAGUGUGCAAGGACAAUUAGCGAAUGAUGAGCGUUACUUUACUCAAAAUUUUGUAUUUACUGAAAUUUUGCGUAAAUAG